AUGACGGACAAGAUGAACGCCGUGCGGUUCCACGGCAACAAAGACAUCCGGCUCGACCAGAUCCCCAUCCCGACCAUCAAACCCGGCCACGUCAAACUGGCGCCCAAGUUCUGCGGCAUCUGCGGCUCGGACCUGCACGAAUACCUCGGCGGGCCGAACAUCAUCCCCUCGAAAGACGCGCACCCGAUCACGGGCGAGACCCUCCCUCUGACGCUGGGCCACGAGUUUUCUGGAGUGGUCGAGGAGGUGGGCGAGGGCGUGACCACCGUGAAAGCCGGCGACCGCGUGUGCGUCCAGCCCAUCAUCUACGACGGCAGCUGCCGGGCGUGCAAGCGCGGGCUCGUCAACUGCUGCGACCAGAACGGGUUCGUGGGCCUCAGCGGCUGGGGCGGCGGGCUGUGCGAACACAUUGUCGUGCCGGAGUCGUGCGUCAAGUCGCUGCCGGACAACAUCUCGCUCGAGGUGGGCGCGCUGAUCGAGCCGCUCGCCGUCGGGUGGCAUGCCGUCGACAUCUCGCCGUACAAGGAGGGGGACUCGGUGUUGGUGCUUGGCGGCGGGCCCAUUGGUCUGGCCGUCGUGCAGGUGCUCGUGGGCAAGAAGUGCAACAACAUCAUCGUCAGCGAAGUCUCGGGGAGGAGGAGGGAGUUCGCCAAGAACUUUGGUGCACACCACGUCAUUGACCCGACAAAGGUCGAUGUUGUGGCCGAGGUGGAGAGGUUGACGGGCGGCGAGGGCGCAGAUGUGGGCUUCGAUGCCGCGGGCGUGCAACCUGCCGUUGACACCGCACUCCAGGCCAUCAAGGCGCGAGGCACGCUCGUCAACAUCGCCGUGUGGGAGAAGAGGGCCACGCUGGCCAUGAAUGAUAUCGUGUUCAGAGAGAGGGCAUACAUGGGCAUAGCAACAUACUCGCUCGGCGACUUUGAGGCCGUCAUCAAGGCCAUUUCAACGGGCGCAAUGAAACCCGAAGGCAUGAUCACCAAGAAAAUCAAGCUCGACCGCGUCGCCGAGGAGGGGUUCAAGGCGCUCAUCGAGGACAAGGAGAAUCAGGUCAAGAUCUUGGUCGAUGUCGGAGCGGGGAUAUGA